ACAACAGUUUUCAUACAUCAAAGAUAACUUCAAAUCAAAUUCUCUAUAUAAAUCUGAAAUUUCAGGAAAUUAGAUAUCAAACAACAUCAUGUCUGAUUGGUCAUCUGAAAAUGCCAAGAAUGCUUAUCUUCAAACUGUCAAAAUGGCCAAAAGUAGCAAAGAACCCGAUGUAGCCGAGUUCAUAUCAGCUAUUGCGGCCGGAAAUAAUGCAAAACUCAUGGUUGUAGCCUGCGCGAGCAUAACAGACUCUGUCAUGCUCGCACUGACUGCAGCCGCUCAACAAACACACGGCCGUGUGGUGUGCAUCUCACGCGACCAAAAUGAAAUGCAAGAAUCCAGAAAAGCUCUAGGAGUUGAUAAAGAUUGUGUUGAGUUUGUUGUAGGAGAUGCUAAAAUCCUUCUCUUAAAUGCUUACAAAGGAGCUGAUUUUGUUCUUGUAGAUUGUGACAUGAGUAAUGCAAGAGAAGUUUUUCUUGCAGCAUUUAAAGGUGCCAACAAAGAUGGAGCACUUGUGGUAGGGUAUAAUGUUAGGCAUAGGGCUUUGAGAUGGAGACAAUUGAGGGCAACAUAUUUGCCUAUUGGAGAAGGGUUGCUUGUGACAAAAAUUGAUCUUAAUAUGAAGAAGGAUAAUGAUAUCAGUGUUCAAAGGAAUAAGAAGAGUCAUUGGGUUGUUCAAGUAGAUAGUUGCACUGGAGAGGAACAUAUAUUUAAGGUCACUUCUCCAUGUAAGAAAGUAGAUAUUGAAGUUUAAGUUGUAAAUCAUUGAUUGAUGAUGAUGAUGAUGGUGAGAACAUACUCUUUAACAUGUUUUAUAUAUUGUUCGAUAAAUUUUGUGUAGAGUUAAAUGAAAUUUAUCUAAUGAUUUAAGAGUAUGUUUAAAAUAGUUUAGAAUUAGAAUAUAUUUCUGUCCAAAACUUGGCUUUUUAUAUGUUAAAAGUUGUUUAAGCAAGAAGAUAUAUAGUUAGUACUAGUAUGCAACUUACUGCAAGCUUUUUCAUUUGUAUAUGCUAUUUAUAUACCUAUUAAUGAAGGUCUAAAUAAGAUUGGUACAAUAUAUAAAGUUUUACUUUGGCACCCUCUCAAUUACUUGCACUCCUCAAAUAGAAAGGGGAUCUCCAAAUAACUAACAAUUUUAUUAUAAUAUCUUCAUAGUUAAAAAAUAUAAUUUUUACUAUUGACAA